AUGCGUCCUUGCUGCCUUCUAGCUGUGAUGCUAUUGACGGUGGUCUCGCAGGACAAGGCACAGGACGCUCAACUCGAAGAGAUCUUCCUCCAGCUGGGAAUUUCUCCCAUCACAGCGACAUCGAUGGCGGCCAAUCCGUGCGGCCAAUCCAGCAGCAUUCGAUGCAAUGCGAAGGGCGAAAUCACAGAGCUCAACCUCGUUGACAAGCAGAUGAAUGGAACCAGUCCACCUGAACUCGGCCAGCUGAAGUCUUUGGAGAAGCUUCACCUUCACAAGAACCAGCUCAGUGGUGAGAUUCCGGGUGAGUUCGGCCAGCUUCAGAACCUGCAAGUGCUGUGCCUGCACAAGAACCGACUGAGUGGUCGAAUUCCGCCAGAGCUGGGGCAGAUGGAACGAUUGGAAAAGCUUGACCUGAGCCAAAACGAACUGAGUGGUGAAAUUCCACGUGAGCUGGGGCAGCUGGAGAAUUUGCAAGAGCUUUACCUUCUUCGGAAUCAGCUAAGCGGCGAGAUUCCUGGAGAGCUUGGCCAGCUCCAGAGCUUGCAAGCGCUAUCCCUUUUCUUUAACCAGCUGAGCGGUGAGAUUCCCCGUGAGCUUGGCCAGCUUGAGAACCUGCAGGUCCUUUACCUUCACACGAACCAGCUGAGCGGCCAGAUUCCGCAUGAGAUUGGACAGCUCGAAAAGUUGCAAGAGCUGGACCUUGACACAAACCAGCUCGUGGGUGAGAUUCCACAAGAGCUUGGCCAGCUCAAGAACCUGCGAGUGCUUUCCCUUUCUGAGAAUGAGCUGAUAGGUGCCAUUCCGGAUGAGCUUGGGAAACUCCAAUAUUUGGAGCAGCUUCUGUUUCACACGAACCAGCUGACUGGUCUGAUCCCCCCUGAGGUCAGCCAGCUUGAGCGGUUGCAACGGCUCGAUUUGAGCCAAAACCAGCUGAGUGGUGAGAUUUCCCAUGAAAUCGGAAAGCUUAAGAUGUUGCAAUGGCUCUUCCUUCAACAGAACCAGCUGAGCGGUGAGAUCCCCCGCCAGCUUGGAGAGCUCGAGCACCUGGAAGAGCUUUACCUAUCCAAAAACCAGCUGAUAGGUGCCAUUCCGGAUGAGCUUGGGCAACUCCAAUAUUUGGAGCAACUUCUUUUUCAUUCCAACCAGCUGACUGCGAUGCCAUAUGUCUUCAACAUGUCUUCCCUCAAAGUGCUUGACAUCAGUCGCAAUCAUUUGAGUGGUGAGCUUGGGCGAGAGCUGUUUCCUCAGCCGCUCCAAGUCUUAGAUUUGAGCCACAACAAGUUUGCUGGUGAUAUUUGGAACAUUACAGACAAUUUUUGUGCAUUGAUUCCAAAGGGUGGAUCCUUGAAGGAACUUCGCUUGAAUCACAACAAGUUGACUGGUCAAAUACCACCCUGUCUGAUGCAAUUUGAACGAUUGAAUUUUCUGGCUCUAAACAACAAUCGCUUCCACGGAGCUUUGCCCGAGAUUGAAGCAUCGCAGCUUGUCAUUCUGACCCUGCACAAGAAUGCUUUGACAGGAGUGUUGCCGAAAACCUUGUACACCCUUGCACACCUUGGAGUUUUGACGCUCCACGAAAACUCCAUUGGAGGUGGCCUUGAAGGACUCAAUUUGAGUGUCCCAUGCUUGGACAACUCCAGGUUCAGAAUGUGGGUCUAUUGGAACUGCAAAAGGGGCAGCUUGAUCAGACCAUUGCUUUCGGGCGACGAACUUCAGCAGUUGGAUGCAAACUGCCCACGAUCGAAUGGAGCCUGCCCACGCAAUGGCUUGGCCAACAUCACCUUGCAUCACAACCGCUUCUCAUGUGCAGUUCCAGAAAGCCUUGGCAACAGCGAGGUUUCCAGCUUGGCGAUUAUGGGCAACAUGCUUGGCAAUGGAAGCUUGUUGAAUGCGCCUUGGAUCUCACGAGAAGAGCAGCAGCCGUUCUUGUACUAUUCACCUAAAGCUUGGAAGUCCACCAUGCCCAUUUUGACUGGUUGUCUAAUGUUGACGACUUUAGCAGCUUUGUGCCACCAAAAGCUCCGGAGAAAACUGGAAGAAGCGUCUCUGAACUUGAGCAACAUCAGCGAAGCUCGCGUGGUGGCAUCAAACCUUGCACUGAUGAAGAUUGCAGCCUGUACUUUUCUACUGGCCAGUCCACUUCUCUUGAUCUUUGGCCUUAGUGGUAAAUACUAUGACUGCAGUCCACCCUUGUGGCAAACGACAGCUGCAAACUUCAGUGCAGAAGGAUGGUGCGCCCAGUUUGGUGUGAUUGUCUUGUGGUGUGCAAUGCAAGUGCUCUUUCGUUGUAUUUUGGCAGGGAUCAUAGUGCCAAGGAGAAGCCAUCGGAAAGCUGUCCUUGGGUGCAAGAAGAGGAUCGCCAGAGUUACUGCCUGGAUUAUGUGGAUUUGCAUUGUAACCCUGCUGUCAUUGCCUUCCAUAUUCUUUACUUUUGCCCAGUCGAUUCCAGCACAGAAUACAUGGGACCUGAGUGAGAACUUGUUGACGUUUUUCCAGAUGACUGCCCCAGUCCAAGCUGUUCUUAUUGACAUGGUGCUGGCAGCCCGAAUAUCAACAGCAUUUUCUAGGUUGACUGGAGUCAAGGCAGACCGAUUGCUGAUGACUUUUCGGUUGUUCUCUGCAUGGCUGCUGGCUGCGCUUACAACAAUAGCAUUGGAUGAGAACUGCUUGAGUGGCUGGAAGCUAGCCUGGAAAGUUUGCGAAGAAGGAUCCAGAGAAAACAGCAAGUUUAACUGGAAGAUUUAUAAUGAAGAGCUUUUGAACACCGCCCAAGAUAUUUGUACGUUUACUCAAACUUGGUGGUCUGAUGGUCGCUGUAGCCGCGCCAUCGUGGGAGGUUUGACCCCAUUCCUCCUCAAGAAGCUUCUCACACGCAGCACGUUGCAACCUUUCGUUUUGUGGACGAUGUGGCACUUCUCGCAAUUGGAACCUGCAAGUGAUCCCAGAGAAGGCCGGCACCGGAGGCUGUUUGGCGUUUGGCGCAGAACAACCAGGUCAUUGAUACCCUUUCAGCAAAUGGCGUUGUUGACCACGCAGCUGGACGUGUUGAUGUUUUGGUCGCCCUAUGUGCCUUUGCUGAGCCUGGGCAUCCUUGCUGCUGCUGUGACGAACUUCCUGAUGUUUGACUUGGGCAUUCGUUUUUACAAGGUGGAACUCCCGUCAGAUGAAGUGAAUGAGGUUGCUGCUUUGUCAGCCUCGUACUUGUACUUUGCGUUGGGAGCAGGAUCUCUUUUCCAACUUUGGCAUGCAUUUAGCACUCGGAUGUGUGGCCGAUAUUUUUUGCUGGCCGUUCACCUUGCGAUCAUGGGCCCUUGGGCAAAUGUGUUUUUACCAGUUGGCUUUAUCAAGCGCCGUUUUUGGACUUCAGAUGACAUGCGUGAAAGAGAACUGAUGGAAAUGACCAGUAUGGACUAG